AUGAUUUCAUCUUUUCAAGAUGAUGAACGACGUAUUAUGAACAACAACAACAACAACAGAAACAUAACGAUCAAUCCACCCAUCCAUCAUCAUCAUAAGAAUCCACAAGGGAAAAAGAACACUUGGUUGGAGGAAUUAUUUUGGGACUUGAGAGCCGAGUUCGGAGGUGGAAGAAGUCUUUCCGAGUCGUUUCAGCCACCACUCUAUGAGAAGGAUAUGAAUUUGGUGGAUCCUUUGCAACAAUUUGCUUAUCAUUCCUUGAAGUAUGAUCAUUUAGGAGGUCCUCCUGAUUAUUAUAUUCGUGAAUUAAAGAGGAGGCAGAAGAGAAAAAACCAGAAAUUAAUGAAACCAUCAUCAGCAGAUUCUCAUUUACAAGUGGAGGAUAAUAACGAUGGUGAUGAUGAUGAACAAUGGGUGGUUGUGUUGGAGCAAAAUUUACAUCCCAAUAGAACUCUUGUCAAUCCAAAUCACGCGUGGGAUGCCUCACCAAGUGUAGCGCCAUUAAUGAGAAGAAUUUUUCAAUUUGAUAAUUUGUUGCAUUUUGUCACGGUGUUGAUGCAUGUUGGAUUGAUCAUUCCAUUGGCUACCAAUAUGAUGGGAUUGAGUGGAAAACUUAAUGAGCUAAACAUUGCGUUAGCGAGACGCGAGAGAAUGAUGAACAACGGCACAAGCCGAGGUAUUAUCGCAUAUCUUGUGCAAUUUUUUGUGAGAAGAUGGUUGGGAGAUCAUGGUAACAGUGUGAAAUAG